UCACGCGCUCCAGAGGAGGGUGAGUUCAGGGAAAGACGGAGCCACCCUGUCAAUCACAAUUAAGGAACCAUGGGAGUAAACUGGUAGGAAAGCUCAGCGAAACCACUGUGUUUACGGCCGAGCUGGCUCCAGUUUGCGGACAGACGAGCUAACUAUGCGCCGGUACGGAGCGGGACGCUCACAGCCGACUUCUCCAACUGGGAAUCGCUCCACUUUAACGGGAAUUCUCACGAGGCGGCGCAUAUAACAACAACAAGAGAGAGAAAAAAAAACUUUACGUUGCCUGCGCCUCUUUCUUCGUUUUCCCUCUUCUUCUGUCGUUCCCCCCACGCAGCCACCCAGUUUGGACCGAACAUAAAGUCGUCGGUGGUGUUUGUUGAAUAGGUGGAGCCGCGGAGGUCGGCGUUGACUCGGGAUAUUCUUCGCUUAUUUGUCUACAACUGGUGCAAAUCUGGUGCUUGCAUUUCAGAGAGCCGCCUGUCCGUCGGUACUACAGGACGAAGACACUCCCAGAAACAAACGAAACUCCGGGGAGAGGAGCAGAUAUGAGUGGGGGGGAGGUGGUGUGUGCUGGCUGGCUCAGAAAGUCUCCUCCUGAAAAAAAGUUGAGACGUUACGCAUGGAAGAAGCGGUGGUUUGUUCUGCGCAGUGGCCGUCUGACAGGCGACCCAGACGUGUUGGAGUACUACAAGAAUGACCAUACAAAGAAGCCCAUCCGUGUGAUUGAUCUCAACCUGUGCGAGCAGGUGGAUGCUGGGCUCACAUUCAGCAAAAAAGACUUGGAGCACAGCUUCAUAUUUGACAUCAAGACCAUCGACCGCGUCUUCUAUCUGGUGGCUGACACCGAAGACGAGAUGAACAAGUGGGUUCGCCACAUCUGCGACAUUUGUGGUUUCAACCCAACAGAUGAAGAAGCUGCCAAAGCUGCUCACCAGUCUGCCGCCGAAGAGCUGGUGGUGGACCCCCAUCCAGGUCUGGUUAAUAUCGUUGGCCCGACACCAACAGUGCUUCCCAGCGUGCCUCCUCCGUACCAGCCGGUCAGCGUGCGACACCUCGACUCUCAGUCCAGUUCAGAGGAGCCGCAGGAUUACCUGUGGCUGGCCAACUGCGAGAGCAAAAAGCCCGAACCAAACAGAACACAUGCUGAGUGUUCCAAGUCUACCUCUUCAGAGACAGACCUGAAUGACAACCUCCCGUCUCACCGCACGCCUACAUCCUCAACUUCUUCAGCGAAGCACACAUCGCACAACGGCUUCUUCCCGCAGCACCAGACGCCUGCCUCUGCUCCUUCCAUCUACGACUCGCCUCCAUCACGCGGUGCCUCGCUCUCCACUGACGGCGGCCUUUAUCACCUCCCUCGCAGCUACUCCCAGGACACUGUGCUGCUUCCCAAGUCGGCCUCCUCCCCUCCGGCUCCUCCAGACAGCGGGGACGCCUCUGACCUUUACGUUUUUAACACGCCGUCGCGGAAGCCCUCGAUGGAGACGCAACUGCGCAACUUUUCUAUCAGUUACGACAUCCCGCCCACACCGGGUGCAAACUGCACCUACCAAGUGCCCCGCACGCUGUCGUCAUCGACGGUGGUGGGAGGUUCGGAGGGCGGGGGGGAUGUAGUGCCUCCACCUAGACCACCCAAGCCUUUGCUCAGCUCCACCUCAGGACUCCCUCCACCCCCUGCUGAGCGCUCACCUACGGACACCUACUGCGUGCCUCGCUCGGCCUCGGAGACGGAUGGAAACUACUGUGUGCCUACAAGUGCUGGGAGUAAAGCUUUACGCAGCAACACUAUUGGCACUGUUGACAGUUCACGCCUCCGCAAAGACUUUGGAUCCCAGGACUGCUACGACAUUCCCAGAUCAUUCCCCUCCGACAAAAGCUGCUCCUUCGACUUCAAUGAAAGUCUCAACAGCUACUUUAAGAACAAAGGAAUGAUGCCAGUGGGCAGCCAGUCGACGGAAGAGGUCGAUCAGAACUACGUGCCCAUGAGUGCUAAUUCUCCAUCGCAUCACCAUUCGGGCAGUUUAUCAGAGCCAAUGCACGAACCCAAUUACGUGCCCAUGACCCCAAGCACAAUGGAGUUCUCUUCACUAGGUAAACAAGUUCCCCCGCCCGCCCACAUGGGGUUCCGGUCGAGCCCGAAGACCCCUCCUCGCAGGCCGAUGAUCAGCGACUGUCAGCCCCCGCCCGUGGACCGGAAUCUAAAACCUGACCGCAAAGGUCAGAGUCCUAAAAUAAUAAGGGCAAAAGGUGUCGGUUUAGAGCGAACCGACUCUCAAACCGUAGGUGAAUUCCCGAGAGGACGACGCAAGGGAAAACCUGCUCCACUGGAGAUCAAACCACUGCCCGAAUGGGAGGAGCCCUGCACACCCGUCCGCUCGCCUGUUACGCGGUCGUUCGCUCGGGAUCUCUCUAGGUUUCCAAUGCCAACGAGAUCCCCGUCAGUGCAUAGCACGGCCUCCAGCACUGACUCCGAGGACUCUGCUGAGAAUUAUGUAGCCAUGGUCUCUAAUAUGUCCACAGAUGAACCAAUCAUGAAGCUCGCUGCACCCAUGACUGCGGAUGGUGGGAGUAGCCCGAUGGUGAAGCCAAAGGGAGACAAGCAGGUCGAGUACUUGGAUUUGGAUCUCGAAUCCGGCAAGUCUACCCCACCUAGAAAGAUGAAAAGCAACGGGACUGGUAUCACCGCAUCGGACGAGCGAGUCGACUACGUGGUUGUGGACCAGCAAAGGACGCAGGCCCUCAAGAGCACCCGGGAGGCCUGGAGCGACGGCCGCCAGUCCACAGAGACAGAUACUCCUUCCAAAGGACCCAAGUGACCCUGUCUACGCCACCGCCAAACCACCCUCUGAACCCCCACCCCCACCCCCGGACCGCCGAGCCUUUAGCACUAGUGUGGGCUCUGGGUUGUGCUACGAGAUGGUCCGACUGUGUGUCCACCGCAGCAGGGCGUCACAGUCGCUCGAUGGUCUUUAGUUUACACUGCUGUCGGGCCAAGGAGUGCACUGUGUGUACAGAUGUAGAAAGGGGUGUGGGCCAGGAAUAAGCUGUAUACACUAUGGAAGCAGGUGGAAUGAUAGGACUAGUCUCGUUUGACUUAAACAGACUUGCAAACUUUGAACGUUCACUGCCUCCCAUGUCGAUGAGAUUUUUUUUUUUUUUUUUUUGCUCACCUUUCAGUUGCCCAUUGGCUGACCCAGAGUUAACAUUUCCUUAAAUCGUAAUGCUCUUUGAUGUUUUACUGUUGGAGUGUCGGUGAAAUUUACUUGAUAACAUGAUCACAGAACUUUGUCGACAACACUAGUGGUUAGCACAACAGGCCGACGGUGUUGUUCUUUCCAUUUUCUUCUGUUUCUUUUCCGAGGUGAAGUUUCAGUGGACAGUUUCACAGGUGUUUAUCGAAGCCGAAUCUGUGUCAGCUGGGAAGCUUCAUUCCGAAAACCCAGUACGAAUUAGUUUCCUCCAGAUUUCCACUUUACUUCUGAUGAUACCAUAGGCAGUUGAACUCGUUCGUUUGAAAUAUAUCCAAGUGCUAAAAAAUCAAACCUUGAACUCACCAUAGAUUUAAUCCACUGAACAUGAGCUGAUUUCCAUUUGUAAGUGAAGAUGCUUCAAUCUGUUAUAAUGGAAGUGCAAAGACUGUACAAAAGUGUUAUGUAUAUAAACAGGAAAAGUGUCCUUUAUUUGUAUGGAAUAUCCAGUGUGUUUGACUCGAAGGUAUAUGGAUUCUGCAGGGUAGAAUCCCGUACCUGUCUUAGAUGGUAUCAGGAUUUGUGAUUAAUGAAUGAAUUACUGUGAGUUUUUAAAAGAACGUGACAGCUUUUCUAUAAGUUAUGCAAAGGUAUCAACACUUAGGCUAGAGAGAGAAAAUCAGGUACUCUUUAUACUAAUACAACUUUCCAUUUCUAAUUUAUUUCACAAUUUAUUUCAUCAGGUGGAUGUCAAGUCCAUUUUUAGCUCAGUAUUCUUGAUUCAUAUGGAGGAACAUUGGCUACGAGUCUGUUAAAAUGCUUAGUUUGACAAGCGCUGGUCAAUUAGUUUCGUGAGUUCAUUUCUCCCCCCUCUCUUCCCCAUUUCUCUCUCUCCUCUUAGGGGUAAUUUAUUUUAAAUUGAACUGGCAUACAGUUUUGGGAAAUUGACUGCCCCCAUGUAGUCAACUUGAUGCAUAUUUUCUAGACAAACAAAACAUGGUUGAAUAGAUCUGCUUCUCUAACCUGUCAGCUCUCCUUCAGGAAUCCCAAAGCAUGUGCUCCCGCCAGGUAAAAUCAUCGCUGUACAUACGUCGCCAUCGAUUACAUUAACAUGUAUCUUUUGAAAGGAUGUGCCUACUAAGUCAUCUUCAUUCUUCUUUUCUCGUGGCAGUUUCUUUGUGAUACGGACUGCAAAUCUGAUGAUGCUUUAUCUUUUUUAAUGAAUCACAACAGAAAAUGUAAAUUUUAAAAGUGGACUAAAUAAAAUCCAGCCUCUUAUGCAA